AUGUAUUUGCAACAGUACGUUAGCACAUCUAUCUUAGUUUGUUCAUAUCUAUCUAUCUAUCUAUCUAUCUAUCUAUCUAUCUAUCUAUCUAUCUAUUCGUAUCUGGAGCACUCUAACAAAUUAAACACCUCCUCAUAUCUAUCUAUCUAUCUAUCUAUCUAUCUAUCUAUCUAUCUAUCUAUCUAUCUAUCUGUCGCAACAUUCCAUACAUUUUUCUCCUUAUCUAAGUUAUUAUCUCUAUUCUGUCCUCUUUACUCACGUUUUCAUCACUUAUUUACACAUGACCAGAAUCUCUCAAAUGGAAAACCCUUUCAAUUAAUUAUUCAUAUCUAUCUAUCUAUCUAUCUAUCUAUCUAUCUAUCUAUCUAUCUAUCUAUCUAUCUAUUUCAGACUCUUCAAAUCUAUCUAUCUAUCUAUCUAUCUAUCUAUCUAUCUAUCUAUCUAUCUAUCUAUCUAUCUAUCUAUCUAUCUAUCUCAGUCUAUUCAUAUCGAUCUGUCUCAUUCUGUUCAUGUUUAUCUAUCUAUCUAUCUAUCUAUCUAUCUAUCUAUCUAUCUAUCUAUCUAUCUAGACUCUUCAAACUAUUCAAAUCUAUCUAUCUAUCUAUCUAUCUAUCUAUCUAUCUAUCUCAGUCUAUUCAUAUCUAUCUAUCUCAUUCUGUUCAUGUUUGUCUAUCUAUCUAUCUAUCUAUCUAUCUAUCUAUCUAUCUAUCUAUCUAUCUAUCUAUCUCAGUCUAUUCAUAUCUAUCUAUCUCAUUCUGUUCAUAUCUAUCUAUCUAUCUAUCUAUCUAUCUAUCUAUCUAUCUAUCUAUCUAUCUAUGUUGUACGGGCGUCGGUCUGUCUAUCUAUCUAUCUAUCUAUCUAUCUAUCUAUCUAUCUAUCUAUCUAUCUAUCUAUCUAUCUAUCUCAGUCUGUUCAUAUCUAUUUUUUACACAAAAAAAUAUUGAUCUAAUUAUUUUGUCAAACAUUUUCAACUUCCCCUCUCUUUCUAUCUAUCUAUCUAUCUAUCUAUCUAUCUAUCUAUCUAUCUAUCUAUCUAUCUAUCUAUCUAUCUUCAGACAUACAUACACACACACACAUAUAUAUAUAUAUAUAAUAAUUUUACACCUGACAAUUGCAAAUGAGAUUUGUGCUAACGGUGAGGAAAAUAUUUACAAAUGUAGAUCUAUCUAUCUAUCUAUCUAUCUAUCUAUCUAUCUAUCUAUCUAUCUAUCUAUCUAUAUUUGA